AUGGCAAGCCGAGAGGCGGCACGAAUGGCAAACGCCGUCGAUCUUCCUCUCGGCUUGCACUUCAACCUCACGGAAGGGGUGCCACUCGCGCACACCGGUCAGCGGGCCAUACGUGCACGGAGUCCAUCAGUGCCCCCAGCACAUGCACCACCUCCACCUCCCAGGCCGCUGGCUCAGGCCCUGGGUGGGCAGCUGCUGUUGGCCUCCUCCUCUUCCUCUUCCUCUUCCUCCCUCUCAUCCACGGGCUCCACAUCACCGCCUCCUUCACCAUCAACGUCGUCAUCAGUGUCGUCCUCUGCAUCAGCGCCAUUGGCACCACCGCCGGCGGCGAUCGCACCCGAGUCCGCUCCAACCACGUCCCCCUCGUCUCCUUCCAGACCAGCAACUCACAUGCCCCGCUCUGUCGUGCACUCGGCGUCCACGCCGUCACGGCGCCCAGCAAGCGCCCCUGACAUUGAGUCGUGGCGCUCGCACAUGCAGCGGCGGCAGCAGCCCACGCGCGCAGCCCAUGUUGGCGGUGAUGGCAUGUUUCAUGGCAAGCACGGUGCGUUCGAGUGCGCAGCGUGCUGGCAUACGCAGGAGGUUGCAAGUGAGCUUCGUGCGCAGCUGGAGGCGUUCCAAGCCAUGACUGGCCGCCCCUGCCGCCACCUUGACGCACACAACCACAUCUUCAUCCUGCCACAAGUCUACACCGCCAUCGCCCAGUACUCCCCGACGCACCUGCGGUCUGUGCGCGCGCCCAGCUUCCACCGGCAUCAUGACCACGCUUCCACCACACUCUCGCCGUUUCUGCAGCGGGUGGUUCGCUGUGCCACCAAGACUCGUGCCGCGUUUGAUGCCAGCGGUCUGCGCAUGACGGAUGCUUUCGUUGGCCUUGACUACGACCGGCCCUCUCUCACUGCUGACGACAUCCUGCGAGACAUGCGCGCCCUCAUUGCGCAAGGCAUGCGCACAUGCGAGCUCAUGGCCCACCCCGGGUAUCCUGCCAUUCCGCCUGUUGGCGGGUGCGGCAACGCUGGCCCCGAUGCGUUCUCGCAAUGCAACAACCGCGUGGUUGAGCUGCGUGUGCUCACUGAUCCCGCGCUGAAGCGUGGACUGCAAGAGCUGGACAUUGAGCUCAUCUCCUUUCAUGACCUCUAGCCGCAAAGCCACAGGUGUCGUUGAUGCGGCAGAGGCACGUGGUGCGGCAUUGCGUGCAUGCAGGCAUGCACACGAACGGCUGAGCUGUUAGUCGUCACAGGGCCGUCAAUAGGAGUUGAGGACAGGGUUGAGGGUGUAUAUUGGCUUUGUACAGGACGUUUGAGAUAAACGAACGAACCCAAGCAAGAAGAAACAACCGCAUCUCAAUCAAGCACAAAGCAAG